GUCCAGCAGGGGAACUUGUUGGUUUAAUCAUCCUCAACCUAUCCUUACUCCGGAGGAUACUAACACUGCCUAGGUUCAGCUAGUUUGGAUCAAAUUGCUCAAAAACAAAUAUUUUACGAUUGUAAAGAUCCCAGCUACUGGAGAAUUAACAAUGAAGCUUAGAAGAACUCUUUACUCUACGACGAACACACUGUUCCUUAUCUCCCUUACUACAACCCUAUCCUUAGGAAACUCUGUGGAUGGGUCUGGAGGUGAACCUGAUUUUAUCUCCGGAGUAAAGAACGUUACUGUACCGGAGGGACGGGAUGUAACUCUCUCCUGCUCCGUCAGAAACCUUGGAUCUCACAAGGUUGCUUGGAUACACUAUGACAGAUCAGCAAUUCUAACGGUACAGAACAAUGUUAUCACAAGGAAUCCUCGUAUUGGGGUAUCUCACGACGGAGUUAGUGUUUGGAAUCUACAUAUCAAAGAUGUUGAACGCUCUGAUGAAGGUCAGUACAUGUGUCAAAUAAACACAGCUAGAGCAAAGACCCGGCUUGGAAACCUUCAUGUUGUAGUACCUCCCCGUAUCCUGGACGGGUUGAGCUCCAGUGAUAUGGUUCAGACAGAGGGAUCUAAUGUUAGUCUGGAGUGUGUAUCAGCUGGAAGUCCUGAUCCAAGUAUUAUCUGGAGAAGAGAGGACGGAAAACUUAUGAAUAUAAAUAAAAAUGAAUCAGUUGAGGAGGUUGAGGGGCAUGUACUGAAGCUAUGGAAGGUGAGCAGGAUGGAUAUGGGAGCGUACAUGUGUAUCGCCAGGAACGGUGUUCCACCUUCUGUCAGUAAACGGAUUCAACUUGGUAUAGAUUGUAAGAUCGCAACACGUCUCAGGAUCACAACACUUCUCAGGCUCACCAUUCGUCUCAGGCUCACCAUUCUUCUCAGGCUUACCAUUCUUCUCAGGCUCACCAUUCUUCUCAGGCUCGCCAUUCUUCUCAGGCUCACCAUUCUUCUCAGGCUCUACAGGACAACUCUGUGGAACAGGACAACUCUGUGGAACAGGACAACUCUGUGGAACAGGACAACUCUGUGGAACAGGAAAACUCUGAAGGAGAUUUCUGAACAUUUGAAAACUCCUGGGAAUAGGAAAACUUGGUGUCCGGGAUUAUUGAAAGAAUUGUUGAAUGAACAGGACGGAGAAAUGAUUCAUCAAGACGAUCAUUUUACCAUCACACAAUCCAGAGGAUCUCCUGCAUACAAGGUUGAAAUGAGCCUUGUAAUAACAAGCAUCAGGAAUACAGAUUUCGGGAAGUAUAAAUGUGUUGCGAAGAAUCCAAGAGGACAAACAGAUGGAACAAUCUCCUUAUACGAAAAGAAGCGCCCCUCUACAAUACCACAAGCAACAACAACAACAUUGAGAACAACAACUCUACUAGCCUAUAAGGUUCGGUUCGAUCACCAGGUCAAUUCAGGAGAAAGGGAUAAAUCUGGGUUCAAUCCGAUCAAUCAAGGAGAUAGACGUGGAAACCAAGGGAACAGUGGACAGUUUAGAUUCGAACAAACUGAACAAGAUGAACCUGAGCGUGGGUUCUCCUUCUCCUCCUCCUCCUCUAGUUAUGGGUCGAACCAACCGCUCAUCAUCUCUACUCUUUUCCCUACUCUGAGCUCAGCUUUCCUACCUAUUCUUAGCUUUCUCUCCACCCUGAAAAAUUGUCUCAAUAUCUUCGAAUAUCCAUAAACAUAUCAAUAAAGUUCUUUUCUUAAAAAAUAAUUUUAAAGAAAGGAUUUAGUUUUUUUCUUAUUU